GUCACGUGUCAGUACUUCGUGAGGGAAUUGGGGGUUUUGGCGGGGGUCACAUUUUGACAUAUAAAGCUGCUUCAAGGGGAUAUUCUGCAUUAGAAGCGCGCGCAAACCGUGGCUGUUGGAGCGCAUUGCGCAAUUGCGUGAGGCAUUCCUUUGGGCUUGCGAGGGAGAGCAGAUUAAUCAUAUACACAUCCUCACGUGGUCCGUUCACUCUGACAUUUUGCGAUCCAACAGUUUGUCUAACUCGAUGGAUUUUGCCACUACGCAGAAUAAACGGAGGUCGGUGUUAUGGAGAGAUGUGUAUCGACCACGGACCCCAGUGCACGAGUGGAUAUCACGUCCUGGGGGCUCCGCUAUCUGCGAGUUGUACUGAUGCAAUUUUGUCCCCAGUCUUGAACUGUUCUGGAGAUACGGUUCAAACUUGGAGGGCUUAAGAGCGGGAAACAUCAUGCACAUAGCAGAGCUUGCGCUUUCUCUCCUGCUCGUCGCGAUCAUUAUAGUGUCGCUGCUGUCCAACGUGGUGGUGCUGAUCUGUUUCCUGUACAAUGCAGAAAUUCGGAAGCAGGUGCCUGGGUUGUUUAUACUCAACUUGACCUUCUGCAACCUGCUUUUAUCCGCAUCCAGCAUGCCGCUGACACUUUUCGGGGUGUUGAGUAAUGCGCAUCCCGGAGGACACGUUUUCUGUCAGAUGAUCGGAUUUUUGGACACUUUCCUGACCACCAACUCCAUGCUGAGUAUGGCUGCGCUCAGCAUUGACCGGUGGGUUGCUGUGGUGUUCCCUUUGAGUUAUCAUUCCAAAAUCCGUCACCGGGACGCCGUGAUCGCUCUGGCUUACACGUGGGUCCACUCGCUGUCAUUCUCCGUAGUGGCAACGUGGCUCUCCUGGGUGGGUUACCAUCACCUGUAUGCUUCCUGCACGCUUUGUAACGGCAGAGCGGGCAACGCCAAGACGCAGUUCGCAAUUUACACGCUCGUACUGCACUCGCUCACGUUCCUGUUGGUUUCGGUGGUGCUGUGCGUCACGUAUCUAAAAGUGCUCAAAGUGGCGCGCUUUCACUGCAAGCGCAUAGACGUGAUCACAAUGCAAACGCUCGUGCUGCUUGUGGACAUUCACCCGAGUGUUCGUCAGCGUUGUCUGGAGGAACAAAAAAGGAGGCGACAGAGAGCCACCCGUAAAAUUAGUACCUUCAUCGGAACCUUCUUCAUCUGUUUCACUCCUUAUGUCAUCACCAGGAUUGUGGAGCUGUUUGUUACAGAGUCAUUUAAUCCGUAUUGGGGUGUGCUCUGUAAGAGCCUGGCAUACAGCAAAGCUGCAUGUGACCCCUUUGUCUACUCGCUUCUGCGCAACCAAUACCAGAAAACCUGCAAUGACUUAAUCAAUCGGCUCAUGAAGCGCAGUUCCCUGAAUGCCUCUGGGCAUCAGCAGGAAAAUGGAAAGAUCGGAAAGUCUGCAGAAAUCAGAAAAAUGCAAAAGGUCGAGGAAAUCAUAAAAGAUGGGCAAGUUGACACCAGACCUACAGACUGA